GCAAAGAGUCGAUAAAGCCCGAAGAAUACAGACUCACGGGUCAUAGAGGCAUCAAGCGCAAGCCUGUCCCUGACCACGGAAAGUCCUUGAAGAACCUUUAUAGCGACCAGACAAGCGAAGACUCAUUCCUCGAAACCCCUCAUUCCAGCGGCGUAGCACCAACUCAGACCAGCUCUGGGAGUCAAGUCGGGGAGGACAUGGAUGUUGAUCAAAGCUCUGAAAUCGCUCCAGAGUCAACCCUUCCCAGCCAUACUCCCAAGAAUACCCGGUCACGGUUGCUAGAGCAGAACAACUACCUAGGAGAUUUAGAUGCUUUGCCUUCGUCUAGCCCGCAAGGUCAAUCUACCCCUCGUCUCCGACGUGAACCUUCGUUCGAAGACGCUAGGAAGACCUUGACAAAAGUCCAUGCUGGUUCUCGAUCAUUCUUUGACUCUCACCCAGACUCUUCUCAUGGUGUCCACUCGUCUGAUAUGGAUAUCGAUGUUGAGCAGAUCGGCGUCGCAG